AUGGCCGACAACGCAACAGCCGCAGCCAUGGCCAACACCGGCCAGCAGCCGCCGGGCCCUCUGGCUCCUGCUGCCCUCGACGACAUCACCCCAGCGCCAACCCCCGAUGCUUCCCAAAUCUCCACAGCCAACCUCACCUCCCCAAACAACGACGACCUCGAGAAACAAACCCCCAUCAUCACCACCACCCCCACCAACCCAACGCCCCUGAUCAACCCAGACGUAAACCACUACCGCAUAGCCGCCCUCUCCCUCGCCUCCCUAACCGCAGGCCUAACCGACGCCUCCGUCGGCCCCCUGAUCGAACCAAUGAAGCACUUCCACUCCCUCCCCGACGACAAACUCAUCUCCCUCCUCUGGGUCGCCCAAGCAGUAGGCUUCAUCCUCGGCGCAGCCCUCAUCUCCCCCCUCCGCUCCCUCAAACCCUUCCUCAACCACGACAACAUCACCCUCCUAUCGGCCAACAUCCUAGUCUUCCUCUCCUACCUCCCCUUCUCCUGCUCAGCUCCCCUCCCCGCAAUAGUAAUAACCUUCCUCCCUCUCGGUUUCGGAAACAGCUUCAACCUCGCCAUCGGCAACGUCUACUGCGGCUCACUUCGAAGGAAAGCAGCCUUUUACCUCGGGGUAAUGCACGCCUGCUACGGCCUAGGCGCCACAAUCGGACCGCUCAUCGCCACGAGAAUGAUUGUGCAGACGGGGUUGGAAUACGGCCAAUUUUACAGCAUUCCGCUGUGUCUGAGUCUCAUCAACUCGAUGUUGUUGUUUUGGGCGUUUAAGGAGCACCCCGUUGUUGCGCCUCCCGCGGCGGGCACAAUGGAGGAAGGCAAUGCCGUGCCAGUGGUGACGGAAGCGAUGAGACCGAACCCAGGAGAAUGGCUCAGGUCCCACCUCCCAGCUGACACCAAGCUCGUUGUUUUCGCCGCCUUGUUUAUCUUCUGCUACCAGGGCGCCGAGGUCUCAAACGCAGGUUGGAUAACUGAGUAUCUCCACCACCGCCACCCCGCCUCGCAGGAAAAGAUGGACACAUACGGGUACACCAUGACCGGAUUCUGGGGCGGCGUGACGCUGGGACGGGUGGUGUUGACACCGCUGGGGGAGUUCUGGCCCGGGGGAAACAAGGUGUUUGUGUACUUUCUGAUCCUGCUCUGCACAGGCUUUCAGCUGUUGAUAUGGUUGUUAAAGGGCGGCAUUGUUGCAAGCGGUUUGUCGGUAGCAUUUGUUGGGUUCUUCAUCGGCCCCGGAUAUCCCUGCGCGAUGAGGGUUGUGAUGAAAAUGCUCGACGAGAAUGAGAUACGGAGGCCACCGUUUGGUAGGGUGGAUAAGGAAGCCAAAGCGGCCGCGAUGGGCGUCAUUUCUGCCUUUGGCAUGACCGGCGGGGCGGUCGUGCCUUUUGUCAUCGGAAACCUGAACAGCCCUGUUGGGAGAUGGGUGCUGCAUCCGAUUGUGCUGGGCUUGUACGCGCUGAUGCUCCUUCUGUGGUUCUUCCUGCCAGUAGCAAGAUGGAAAAAGUCGGCCUGGAAGCAGCGACCAAUACACCGCUUUGUUGAUGCCGUCUUGACAUUCUGGCAGUCGCUGUAA